UCGUGUAGGGCAAACGAGAAUGGCAGCAUAACAAUACCUACAGUACCUCUGAAGCUGGGAAGAAUCUCGCUGGUCGUCGUUAAUGGAGGUCGGGCCCAAGAUUAGUGGUGAAGAUGUUAUCGAAAAGCUCAAGGAUGAUGGCGACUUCGAUAAGCUCCGUCUCAAGAUCAUUCGCAAGCUGAAAGACAAUGAAGAAUUGCGCAAUAAUAUAGUUGCAAUAGUGAAGCAAUCGGCAGCUCUUAAUCGAGCAGGGGCUGAAAAUGUAAAACCUCGGCAACUUUCUGAUGCAAUAUUUGACGAGGUUGGGGAUGAAAUAAUGAGCAAGGUUUCUGAUAACUUAUGGGAGAUAAUCAGAUCAGAUGAUGGCAUGAAAAAUGAAAUCACAGAAACUGUACAAUCAAUAUACGAUAACUUAGCGAACCCGAAAGCGAAGGAAGACGCCGAAGCAUCCACCCACCAUGCUAUACCAGUUUGGAAGGAAGCUGACAACAAUGGUUCUAUGAAGGCCUCCACCAGUCAAUCUGAACACACUGAGUCCAAUCCUAUAGAACCUUCAGGUUAUUCUUUUGCUGGUAAUCAUACAAACAAGGAAAAACAACACGUAGAUGAGCUGCAGUUUAUUAAACGUGACAACGAUAGUCGAAACGACAUGUCUGAUGCAGAUAAUGUCGAUCCAGCACCAGGCUUUGUUUCAAACACGAAGCACAACCAAAUGUGUAUAGAUGAUGACAGCGAUGAAGACCCAGAUGUGCCCCCUGGUUUCGGUUGAAGAACUACAUUUAUGCAGUAACCAGUUCCUGAGCAUUUUGCAACAAGUCUUCGGUCGAAUCCUGUGCGACACAACAAGAAAGUCGGGACUAAUCAACCGAUCAUUUCUUCUGCCAUGGUUCAUAAUGUGAUUACAAUGUAUCAAGUUUGUGUUCCAUUUGGUAGAAAGCCACAAAUUUAGAGAACUUCGACCAGAUAUCCAAACACACAUGAUUCUGCUAUUAUAAGUUAGUGUGAGCUUUCCUUGAACUUUAAAGUUUAAGCUAAUAGCAAAAGUUUGUUUUUGGUGAAAAAU